AUAAUUUUUCUUCUCAUACCUCAUUCCGAGCAUCUGUUCCUACAUCGCCGCACCUACGUUUGAUAUUGCAGUUGUAAUUAAAAAUUAAUUAAGUGUUUAAAUAUAAGACUGGUGUUUUGGAACAGUUUAUUGAUUAAUCAGAAUUAACAAAAUACACGAUGCCUCAAGAUACAAAUAAGGACGUCGCUUACAUAAAAGAAUGGAUGGCAAAGGAACCUCAUCUACCUACCGAUUUUGAUGAUGACCUCAUAAUAAAGUUCCUUCACAGCUGUUACUACAGUUUGGAGAAGACCAAGAAAUGUAUCGACCGCUUCUGCACCAGUCGUAGUCAGAUGGUUGAGGUCUAUACCAACAGAGACCCUAUAUCGCCUCAUAUGAAGACAGCCUUUUCUAUUACGAUGGUAUCAACGUAUAAAUGGGGCGAAAGCGAGAUCCUGAUUCAAAAAUUCACUGAUCCCAACAUGGAAAAGUUCGUGUUCUAUGAUUUUUUGCGAACCCACACGUUGCAGGGCGAGUACUGGAUACGGAGACCAUUCCUAGCCGAUGGCCACUACAUCAUCCUUGAUAUGUCGGAUUAUAACCUAAAGAUGAUGUCAAAGAUAAACUUCAUGUAUUUAAGGGAUUACAUCAUGUUUUUGCUGGAAGGCAUGCCUAUACGAGUGAAGAAAAUAUUUGCUAUCAACGCACCAUACUUCUACGACAAGUUCUAUGCUCUUAUCAAGCCGGCAUUGCCAGCGGAAAUCUGUGAUAUUAUUCACUUCUUUCCAGACCACGAGAGCUUAUACACUAUUAUAGAUCGUAAAUGUCUGCCGACGGAGUACGGCGGUGAAGCGCAAAGUAUCGUUGAACAAAACAAGGAAUGGAAUAAGGCAAUCAUUGAAAGAAGAAAAAUUUACCUGAACGAAAACUUGUGGAAAGCCGACUUGAAGAAGAAGUCUAAAGUGAACGGCGACAAUACGAUGAGCGGAUCUUUUAGGACACUGGCCAUAGACUGAUUUAUUUUUUACUUUUGCCAAACCCGUUAUAUGCCAAUAUAGGCUAUUGGCAUAUAACGGGUUAGACCCCGAUGAAAGAUAGUUAUAUAGGUAAGUACAAUAGCCAAUUGUAGAGUCUGAAUUGUAGUGGCUUUGGAAUAUAGCAGGUUUCAAGGGUCCAACCAGCCGUCCAAGUCUAAAACGUAUUUUUUUAAUAUUUUCCUCAGUAUAUUAAAACGACGUUAACGAUUACAAGAAUGAAAAAUCGAUUUUAUAGAAAAGAUCGGUUUUUAUAAACGCGUUAAAUCGUAUAAUUUAGAUAUCGUAUCGUAUAAUAUAAUAAUUAUUAUAGAUCUAAGGUAAGAGCGUUCGGACUCAUCACCGAGGUGUGCUGGUUCGAUCCCCGCCCCGUUGGUCUAUUGUCGUACCCACUCCUAAUACAGACUAGUUGGAGGGGAACGGGAAUAUAGGUUUCAAUUGAUCAUAUUUAAAAAAGAUAUAGUAAAACAUUCUUUAAAAACAAAAAAAUAUAGCUAGCUAUAAUGGCAUGAUCAAAAAUGUUUUUUUUUAUAACUACCCAAAUUUUUGCUGUGAAUUAAAUUUUGAGAUUGUACAUAAUCUAUACUUACAUUAUAAAGCUGAAGAGUUUGAUUGUUUGUUUGGUUGAACGCGCUAAUCUCAGGAACUACUGAUCCGAUUUGAAAAAUUAUUUCAGUGUAAGAUAGCCCAUUAAGGAAGGCUUUAGGUUAUAAACUAUCCCCGUAUUCCUACGGGAACGGGAACCACGCGGGUAAAACCGCGCGGCGUGAGCUAGUACGAGAUAAAAAUAAUUAAAUGUGAUAAAAAGGUGAAAUUACUACAUUACUUUUAAUUAAGUUAAAUAUUUAUAAUGGUAACUGUAUUUAUAAGUAUGAAUUAUUGGAGUGAUAUAGGUAGGUACCCACACAUAAUGUUGUUAUGUAACUUAGUUAUCAAUAAAUUUAUAUUAAAGUGCA